CUACUUAAACACUGAUGAGUUAUUAUAUAAUUAUACGGUUCAGAUACUACAAUUGUGGAUAAGCUGUGUAGGUAUUUUUUAAAACGUUAAUGCAGAAACAAUGUGCUAUAUCAUCUGCACGGAAUUUUAAAAUUACGAUUAAUAAUAAGACACUCAAGCAGUUGAAAACACGCGAAUUAAACGUAAGCUAAUAACACUAUUACACAAUACACGAAGAAGUCAUAUUUGGUCGAGACCUGGACGACGAAGUUUGAGAGGUGGUUAUUCUCCAUUUUAGUGUUAUACGUUGAUAAAAAUAUCCCAGUAUGCGGUAUUUAGUGAUCACUUUAACUUUGAUUGGCACAAUCUCAGUUUCUGAGUCAGCAAAUAUUCUUGGAAUAUUUCCUUUACCUGGAAAGAGUCAUUAUGUGAUGUUUGAACGUGUUUUGAAACGUUUAGCAGAGGUAGGACACCACGUGGACGUCGCCACACAUUUUAUAUCAAAAGAAGUGCCACCGAGAUAUAAUCAGUUAAGUUUAAUAGGAAGCCUCCCUAUAUUCGUAAGUAAUCUUUCUAUUAAUGUUUUUGAUGGUUUCUCCCAUUACGAUAUGGUUUGGUUUAUGACAACAAUAUGUGGAGUUAAUGUGUGUGCAGAAACUUUAAAGACUCCAGUACUUCAAGAUUUGAAGAAAACAACCAAAAAGUAUGAUUUAGUAAUUACCGAGAUUUUUGGAUCCGACUGUAUGUUAGGAUUUGGACACUUGUUUAAUGUGCCCACUGUAUCUAUGAUUAGUAGUAUAUCGUUACCGUGGGCAGGUGACAGAAUAGGAAAUCCCGACAAUCCCUCCUACAUUCCAAGUUAUUUUGUGUCUUCUACUUCCAAAAUGAGUCUGUAUGAAAGGAUAGAAAAUGUGUUUUAUUUGACAGUCUCCAAAUUUCUAUAUUACUUCUUUAACUCUAAAGCAUCAAAUCAGAUAAGUAAAGAAUUUUUUGGACCUGAUUUACCCAGUUUAGAAGAUCUAGCACUCAACACAAGUUUGAUAUUAGUUAAUAGUCAUUUCAGUAUUUCACAUUCCAGACCUACAGUGCCUAAUUUUGUUGAAGUUGGAGGACUUCACAUACAUAAACCGAAACCAUUAUCAAAGUACUUCAAAGAUCUACUUACUACGGACAGUAAGGGUAUAAUUUACUUGACUAUGGGAUCUAUGAUCCUCACUGAGACUUUUGACUAUGACAAACUUCAAGGACUUUUUGAUGCUUUUGCCGAGUUGCCAUACAAAGUUUUGUGGAAAGCUGUUAGAGAAAAGUUUCCCAAAGGAUUAAAAAUUCCAGACAACAUUCAUUUCGAAAAUUGGAUGCCGCAAAUGGAUAUUUUAUGUCACCCGAACGUAAAAUUAUUUGUUUCUCACGGUGGUUUAAUGGGUAGCCAAGAGGCUCUUUAUUGUGGGGUUCCUCGACUGGGUAUCCCUCUAUUUGCUGAUCAAACAAACAAUAUUCGUUCUGCAGAGCGAAUGGGAUUAGCUGUCAAAGUUGCUUACAAAGAUAUUAACAAAGAUACUAUACUUGCUGCAGCUUUAAAAUUGCUAGAAGAUCCAAUGUACAAGAAAAAUUGCGAGCGUGCGUCUAAGCAGUUUAAAGAUCGGCCAAUGUCGGCAUUGGACACAGCAGUUUAUUGGAUUGAAUAUGUCAUACGCCAUAAUGGAGCACCGCACUUACGUAGUGCUGGAGCUGAUUUGCCAUGGUAUCAGUAUUAUUUGAUUGAUGUAGCUAUUAUGAUUAUGUGUAUUGUUAUAUUUAUUGCAUUUAUUGCAUGUGUUCUUCUGAAAUUAAUCCUUCACAUUUUGUAUAAUAAUAGUAAAACCAAGACUGAUUAAUUUUCAAUAUUUUGUUGCUGUCGUUAUUAUCUACAAAUUUUUAUGCAGAAAGCACAUUGGUGACCUACAUACCUCACAUU